GUAUAAUAAGUCACAGUAGCUCAACACUGUCGCAGUGUACUAUUCAUUUAACGUUAGUGACAUUUAAUCUUUUACUUCUGCCUGAUUUUCUCCAGCUUGACUGCAGUUUUUUUAAUGGCGUGUCCUGACAAUCACACAGUGGAGUUGAACCCAGCCCUCCUCCCUCUAGACUGGCUUCUAGGUAGCUGGGAGUCAGAUGAACCUGGAGAGGGAUGUUUUACCUCCAUAAAACCUUUCCGCUACAUAGAGACACUGAACUUCAGCCAUGUGGGACAACCAGUCAUCAACUUCACGUUCAAUGCCUUCCAUGCAGAGACCAAGAAGCCCCUGCACAGGGAGUGUGGCUUCAUUCGAAUGCAGCCGGGGGCCCUCAGAGUAGCGUUCAUCAUCGCACAAAACUCAGGUCUGGUGGAGAUUGAGGAGGGAGAGCUGACAGCGCAGCGGCUGAACCUGCAGAGCCAGGCUCUGGCCAGAGUCUCUUUCGCCAGAGAGCCGCAUGUACAGAAGAUUUCUAGAGUGAUUCAGCUCCGACCAGAUGGGAGGCUGGAGCAGACAGUUUCCAUGGCAACAGACAACCAGCCAAUGAUGCAGCAUUUGCACAUUAUCUACCGUCGGUCGUCUUGACCCAACAGGCUGUGAGGCUUCGUUUACAUAGAAAUACUUUGGUCAGGAAAGAUAAAUGUUGCUUAAAAAAGGGGCUUAAGCACUAAUCAUGGUUUAGUUAAAUAAUCAUAUAAACAGUUUGAGUUAUGGUGUACUAUUGUAUUUAUACAUUACAUACAGUAAUAACUAGGCGUUGUUUAUGCACUACAGUGAGACAGAAAUAUAGUUAAUGUUACUGUUAAAUAAAAAAUGAAAAGGGAGUUUUCUUGUAAACAAACAAAAGUUAUGUUUACAUUAAGCAAAGUCUUGCAUAGCCAGACCUAAAGAACGGCACAGAAGUCAUUCUUAAAAAAGGAAGAUGUGUUCGGAAUUUUGCUGACCGGAUAUGGAAAAAGUUUGAUCUAUCAACUAGCUUCGCUACCUUCUUCGUUGCUCUGCCUGGUUGUAGCGCGAUCCUAUUACGUGCAGAGGGAA